AGACCAAUAAGAAGCUGGUGAUCAUUCUAAGUAAGAUGAUUAAAAGCUACAUUUGCAUCCUAAGAGAAACAAUGUAACCAAAGGUGUUUUUUUUUUGUUGUUGUUGUUUGUUUUAAUGUCUUGGAGAAGCUGUGUAAUUGUGGUCUUUUUUGUUUAGGGGCCUCUCAACCUUACUUGAGGAUGCAAGAUAACUCGCAGGCACCUCCGCUGCCAGGAUCUUGCUGUCCCCCAGAGAUAGAAACGCCAGAUACAACUGACCCUGAGAGCUGUGGGGCGCCCAGCCCUGGAUGUGAAUCCUUUCUGGGACAUCUCCAACGUGCCCUCCGCAACCACUUCCUGCUGCUGCUGCUGGGGGUUCGCCAGGCCCAGCCCCUCUGCACCGAGCUCUGCCAGACCUGGUUCACCACCUGCAAUGCUGAUCUCACCUGCGGCUCCACUUGGCUGCCGCCCUCAGAAAACAGGACCUGCGAGCCUGGCUGUCCCCUCUAUGGGCAGACCUUCGUGGACGGAAUGGACCUGUGUCGCUCAGUGCUGGGCCACGUCCUGUCAGUAGCAGCUCCUGACUCCCGCCAUUGCCUCAACAUCCCCAUGUCGUUUCCACAGUCCUGA